GCCAAACCACCCCUGUAGUACACCUAUACUGUGCUAUCUAAAUAUAUAUAAUCUAGAUCAGGCCAGCUGGUCUCAUCGUCGUAAUCAACCUCCCUUGGUCCCCCUUCUUACGUCGCCCACUUCCGCCUUUUUGAAUCUCCCCGCCAGCCCCGCGGACAUUUCCAUCUACAACAUCCCACUCAACACAGCCAUGUCCGAUCACCAGUACAAGUUCAACGUGUCCAUGAGCUGCGGCGGCUGCUCCGGAGCCGUCGAGCGAAUUCUGAAGCGUCUGGAUGGUGUCAAAGCCUUCGAUGUCAGCCUCGAGACCCAGACUGCGAAUAUUACCACCGAACCUACCGUCUCAUACGAUACCGUGCUGGCCGCGAUCAAGAAGACCGGCAAGACGGUGAAUAGCGGCGAGGCUGACGGGCAGACUAUGGCCGUUUAAGACUACCUUUUCUGGGUUAUAUCGGCAUGGACUGUUUCAGUAGGGCCGGAAUAAGGAGCGAUGGCGCAUUAAAGGACAAGGAGGCUGGAUAGUCGUAUCAGGGUGCUGUAUUACCAGAUAUACUAGAAUGAUGGCCUCGCGUGCUUCCUGGUGAAGGACGGUCUUACAAGCGCAAUGUACCUUUCGCAUUUCUUCAUGAGAGCAUUUGAUAACUACUUUUGAAAGAACGUUUUACAUUUGCCCAGGCAUAUAGAAUAUUACCUUGAU